UUUGUGUGUAGAAUAGGCAAAAUAUGCAAAUAUAUAAACAAGCUUUAGGUUGAAUACAUAGGUUUGUUGGACGAUAAUUAUCUCAGAUAUCCCUUAUGUUGCAUAUUCAUUUCUUUGUUUAAAUGUUAGAAAUCAUUCAAAAGUCUUAAAAGAUUUUUUUCUCUGCAAUAGGACAAGCCCAAACAUCCGAAAGUCCACCACCAACAGUUGACACGGGGCCUAUAGUAGGAGGUAUUGUAGGGGUGAUUGUUGUCGCUGUCAUCGCUAUUGUUAUUGUCAUCCUCUUCAGAAGACGUCGCCUGAGUGCUGGUAAACAGGAAUCCUUUACUGAUAUCGGUUUUUCCAAUGUACACGAGAAGAACGUGUACAGCGAACCAUCAGAAACAGAACACCUGUCUGUCAAAUCUGAGGCGGCAGCGAAAAACAUCUACAGUAAUACACCAGAUCCAGACGCGCUGCCCGAGAACUCCGCCAAUGUAUAUGUAAACACUGAGCAGGUCGCCAGACAAUCCGGAGCUGGUGAUAGCGUCUACUAUAAUGCCGGUCCUGUUGGAUUUCUUGUCUCCAGCCUCAAAUCUCUUGUCAAGGCAAAACUGCAAAACAAGGCAAAGGCUUUCGAGAACGAAUACAAGUCUAUACCGUCUGGAGAUUUACACGAACAUAAAGUUGGAAUGUUACAACAAAACAAACCAAAGAACAGAUUUAAAACCACGUUUCCCUAUGACCAUUCCCGUGUGAUCCUUGAUACAGUUGGAAAAGAUACACACUCCGAUUACAUCAAUGCCAACUACAUCGACAGUGUUACAAAAACUGCGGAAUACGUAGCAACACAAGGACCGAGGCCCGGCACUGUGAAUGAUUUGUGGCGGAUGAUAUGGCAGCUUCAGACCGGCAAAAUUGUCAUGUUGACCAAUCUUAUAGAAGGCGGAAGGCCGAAGUGUGACAAGUAUUGGCCAGACGAAGGAGAACCUUUGACCACGACAAAUUUCAGCAUUUUUCUGGACAGGGAAAGGUCGUAUGCCUUCUACGUCAUUCGGGAUAUUACAGUUACAGAAAAGAAGACGAAGUCAGUACGUCAGAUACAUCAGUUCCACUAUACCACGUGGCCCGACCACGGGACCCCAGACCCAAACGAACUCGUUGUCUUCCACCGACGAGUGAUGAACUACGGGACUGUCUUGACAGGGAAAAUGGUUGUUCAUUGCAGUGCUGGCAUAGGCAGAACAGGAACAUUCAUUGCCCUAGAUGCCCUCUUGGAAUACGGGAAGGAGUGUGGUAGAAUUGACGUAAUGCAAUACAUAAAAACCAUGCGGAAGGAUAGGAUCAAUAUGGUUCAAACUGCUGAACAAUACAUAGCUAUACACCAGCUCCUGAUCGAAGCCUUCGAUAUGCCAGACACCCUGAUUCCAAGAAUGAAGUAUCACACGACCCUUACUGCUCUCUCCAAUGGCGGCGCAACGAACCAAACAAAGCUGAGGAAGGAAUUCCAGCUGACACAGUCUAUGAAACCAGCUUACGAUGAGACAAGCUAUAGAGCCGCUUUACUGCCAUCCAACAAAAUGAAGAACAGGACUUUAUCUGCCGUAGCAGUCGACAAGUUCAGGGCGUACCUACGAUCAUAUACUGAUGGUAGAACGGAUUACAUUAAUGCCGUGUCAGUGCCAUCCUAUACAUCCAAAACUGGGUACAUCGUCACACAGACUCCUCUGGAGGACACCGUGAUGGAUCUGUUGACGAUGAUAAUGGACCACAGCUGUCAAACAAUUGUCAUCAUCGAGCCGGACGACAUUGACUGGCUUCCAGGCGAAGGUGAAGUGAACUCCAUCGGAAAUUUUACGUUGGAACACAAAGGAAAGUCGUCAACAAUAGUAAAUGUCGACCUGCUAGAAAUUGCAAUAGAAAACGUGGAAAAUAGCUUCAAUACCACUGUAAGAGUGUUCCACAUGACUGGAUGGGGUAGAGAAUCAUCAUUCCCCAAGGAUUCGUCCAUGUUGCUUCACCUACUCGAACUUGUUGACAGCAGACGCAAAUCGGACGAUACCAAGACAACGAUAGUCAUGUGUCGAGAUGGCUUUUCCCAGAGUGGGCUGUUCUGUUGUAUCAGUAAUGCCCGAGACCAAAUGAAGAGUGAUGAAGAGGUGGAUAUCUUUCAGAUUUCACGUCAGCUAUUAGUACGACGUCCAGCAUUUUUGAUCAAUUUUGACCAGUACCAAUGUUGUUACAACGUGAUUAAAGACUACCUUGAUACCACCGACGUAUACAUGAACUGAUUAAUGAGUACCUGGAUACCACCGACAUGUACUUGUACUGAUUAAUGAGUACCUGGAAACCACCGACGUGUACAUGACCUGAUUAAUGAGUACCUGGAUACCACCGACGUGUACAUGAACUAAUUAAUGAGUACCUGGGUACCGCCGACGUGUACAUGAACUGAUCAAUGAGUACCUGGAUACCACCGACGUGUACAUGAACUGAUUAAUGAGUACCUGGAUACCAUCGACGUGUACAUGAACUGAUUAAUGACUACCUGGGUACCCCUGACGUGUACAUGAACUGAUCAAUGCGUAACUUGAUACCAUCGGCAAGUACUGGAGAACAUGUAUUUUUGACAGAGGAACAUUCUUAAAUGUACUGCUUUCGCUUUAAUAGUAACCGAAGAAUCAUACUCUUGUAUUGUUUCCGUAGUAAACAGCGAUAUGUUACAGUUGUAUUAAGCUUUAACAAUGAAUUAAAAAGGCCGAGUCAUCCAAGGAAACUAUUUUAUAUACUUUAGCUUGCUUUGGCGAUUGUGACAUUUUAUCCUGUAAAUAUCUGAAUCCUUUCAUAUGUUAACAUAUUUUGUCAAGGACGCGACGACAUCCACAUAUACAUUGUUUUAUCCAUUAAUUAGCAUGCAUCUCACUCCUAACGUAAGGAAGUAAUGAUGCUGUUAAUUAUACAGUCAUGUAUUCAAUCACAUGACAAACUAUUUUGCUCAUAAAACAUUAAGCCAAUAACAUUUUUACAUGAUUAUUCACUGAUGUUUUACAUAUCAAUUAUUUUUGUCAGUGUUUGUAGUUUGUUGUUCUUAGUUGGACGUUUUUAUUAUUUUAUUUUAUCUCAUAUUUAAUCAAAUUCAUUUUAUUAUUUCUUUUACUUUGUUUGCUUUGUUUUGUGAUUAUUUGACACAUUUUAUAUGCCUUUAAAUAGAAUGAAAGUUUAUUUCAGCAUUAUAUAAUUUACUUGCAUAUUUCUAUCAGAAUUAAAUGAAAGAUAUUGACCUGUAUUCAUCAAGUUUACCUUGAGCGAUACAGCAUUACAGGCGUUAAGCCAAGAAGCAUUGCCUAAUAUACAAUUAUACACUGUGCAACUAUAAACUAUGACCCUCUUUAUAAGGUAAAUCGCUACGAAUAAUCAUGAUCUACUAGUGCUAAAUAUACUUUUUUUAUCCCUACUCUCUAUGGAGUAAGAACUACGUUUUUCCAAUACUUCUAUAUUCCCAUGUUGAUAACCAUGCUUAUACCUGUUACAUUGAUUUACAAUAUAUUUAUCUAAAGCAUAUAUAUCGUAUACAUACAUCAAUGCCAUAUUUGAUUUUUUUUCUUUACUUUUUAUUUUUAACCAUAUGUAUAUGUCAAGACAGUGUUAUAUGAUUUUAUUUGUUAAUUCACAUUAAUGUUAUACCAAGGAAAAAAUCCGUGACAUUGCGUCAUAUUGAAAAACAUGAAAAUCGAUUAAUUUUAAUUGUUAUACCGUUGUGUUCAGCAUUCAAAGGAUGUCUUCCAUUUUCCAAUAUCAUGUUUAAUUUUCAAAGUUAGGUUAUAAAUCGAUGCCAUGGAUUAAAGAGGAAAGAUUUACAAAGGCUGAAAGAUUAUCUCUCUGAAUGAAAACAACGAAUAUCAACAGAGGGGGUUUUCAACAUCGAGGAAAGUAAAAUCGGGAGACCCACAGGCUGUGUCCUGGGUCCAUUUCAAUUUUAAAUAUAUAUAAAUUACAUAACUCACUGUGUAAAUUCAAGUAAGAUUAAACUCUUUGUUAAAGAUACUUCUCUUUAUGAUAUAAUUGAUUAUAAACGAAUUAAAAUCGAAUUGGAACUAACAAAUAGUUUUAAUAAUAAAGGUACAUGGGCAAACAAAAAUAGGAUAUCAAUCCACUUAAAAAUCCACUUUAAAAAUCUGUACUUUUUGGCGAAAAUAAGGACUUACUAAUCCUGACAUUUUCUUUGUUGUUAAUACAGUCAAUUCUGCCUUAGUUCACAAGCACUUAGGUUCCAACUUUUAGCAUUAAUGGCCAAUCGACUCAAUAUAUUAUCUAUGUGUAUGAUCAUGCCUAUGAAAGAAUGAAUAUUCUGAGAAUGCUAAAACAUGAAGUAGUUUGAAAAAGUCUCAUGACAAUAUAUGCGUUUUCCAUAAGGCCAGUAUUAGAAUACUGACAUGUUGUAUGGGAUAACUGUACAAAUAGAAAUAAAAACAUUCUGGAAUCAUCACAGAAUUGAAAAAUGGACAUCAAAUAAUCAGCUAAAUGCAGAAACUGGUGCAGCGUCUCUUAGUUGUAGGCGAAACCAAUACAAGCUAUAACGUAUGAAAUUUUAAGCGAACAAUGUUCAAAAUUUCUAAGAGAUUAAAAGAACUCUUUCUCAAUGAGAAUGAAAGUACUAAACACCCUAUGAGAAAUAACAGAUUAAUGUUUCCCCUACCAUACAGGAAUAACAUUAUGCUGGUUAUGUUUUCGUCAAUAAUCAGAAUUUAAUUUUAAUCUACUUUUAAUUAUUAUUUCUUUCUUUCAAUUUUAUCUACUCCCAUUAAAUAUUACAUAAAUCAGCUUUAUAGAUCAAUUUCAAAAUCAAUGAAGUCUUUAUACGAUACUUAAGUACUAGCUACCAGUGUAUUAAAAUGUCAUGGGCUUAGAAAUUAUAAUAUGAUUUUUUGUCAACUCAAAAAUAAUUCCACUUACAUAACCUCUUAUCAAUGCAAUGACCAACUGAAUCAGCAUCAUGUAGGUGCAAUCAUGGAAAUAAAAUUGCUCAACACUGUAUGUUAUAAUGGCCACUUUAAAUUGAGUGUAUGACACAGUUGUAUCAAAAAAUAUCACAAAUACCCUGUAGCUAUAUUGGAUCGUGAUCACUAUAAUCUACAUAUGAAGGAAUGCUUGAUGUGUACCAGUAAUUUUAACAGAUUGAUAUAUUGUUUAAAUAUUACUGAAUAUGUAUACAUAAUUAAACGAUUUGAUAUGUUGUAUCCCUCACAACUUAAGCAUUAUAAAUGACACUCAAUUUUUAGUUGAAUGAAACCAUGGAGCUUAACUCUAUCGUGAUGUAUAUCAUAAUGAAACAACAAUGAUACAAUGUAUUAUUUUUGACAGACUUGAUGUGAUGUAUAUUGUUACGUGACAACAAUAGUGUUCUGUACAUUACAAUGUUUAUUCAUAACAAUAACUAUAUCAUACGAGUGAAUUCCAACUAUUGAGUAAAACUGCUGAUAUGAAGAACCAUGAAAUGGAGAUUUAAAUAAGAACUGUCUUUACUCUUUAUUGGAUAAAUGGUCGACAUGUUAACAAACAAGAACUGUAAGAUAUGUUACCGACAGAAUCCGCAUGGCAACUCAUCAGCAAAUCUGAAUCAAUGGUUUAACCAUCAAUGAUAAAAAAAAAUCUCUUUAACAUUCUAAAAUAAAUUCUAAGUUUGAUGAGUUAUCUCCCCUUAUUUGCAAUGCUGAAUACCACUGCAUACAAUCGAAUGCUAAUUUUGUUGUAAUAAUUUGAAAGGAUUUACAUAGGUUUAGCCUGAUGUCAAAUCCAUUUGAUGUAUUGAAAGUCAAUAGAGAUUUGUUGAAAUUGAAUUGAUGCUUACACGAUGACUGAUAAUCAUUUAAUGAAUUAAAAUUAAUAUUCUACACAAAGGACUAACAGAAAAUUGCACUAAUUAUUCGUCUUAAAAAGCUUUUUGGAUUAUAAUAAUAUUGCUGCUUUAGUUAAAGAAGUGUAAAGUGAUCAGUCCGAAUAGCAUUUUGUCCGUCGUCAUGUGUCGUGAUUCAUCAGUUCGUAAACAGGUUACCUCUUCAACUUCUCUAAGAAACAAUUAAACGAUUUCUCAAUGAUAUUUUGGGUAUUGUGCAUGACUAGAUGCUAGCCAAUGGUAGGAUCGUCAUGGUCCCCAUCCCUAUUAUCCUCAGUGGACCAAUCUAUUUAAAAUAUAGGUGCUCAGUGGACAAAAGUGACGUUUUCUACUGGGAUUGAAUUAACAUAUACUGUGGUUUACAGCGCAUCAUCUGUUGACAUGUCAUCGGAAAUAGUUAAAACCUGUUUGAAAUGAUCAGAAUGGGAUCGCAGUUUGAUGGUAUAUACUUGGCUAACUGACAUCCACGACCUGAUGUACAGGGUUGAAAUGGGUCAAAUUGGCUGAAAUAUGUCAAAAAGGAGGUCACCGUUCAGGCCAUGAACCUCUUGUUUACUUGUGCACUAAAAUUAAUAAAGUUAAUAUUUCUUAA